UAUGGUGUUGGAUUCUUAAAAAAUCUCCCACCACCACCACAAGAUUAUUUUUCCAGUCGGAAGUCUGCUACAAUAUAAAUUCCUUCCGGAUGUAUAUUGUUUUUAAUUUUGCUUCGCAUAUGUGUUCAUACUUUAUAGACGCUAUAGAAAACAACUUAUGAUUUAUAAAUAAGCAAAUCAAUAUAAUUUAUAAUCAUUAAUAUUAUUUAUACGACUAUCAAGAAGUAAUUUUACCUUUACCUAUAAAAAAAUUUAUUUUGAGAUUAAGUAUUAUAUAAUACUAAAAUACAGUGAAAAGUAUCUAAGCAUUGAACAACAAUCUUAUGGAAAUUGAAAUGCCGUUUAUAUCUAGUGCUAAAAGUAUUCUGGCGAUUGAUGAAAAACCUCAAGGUUUCCAAUGUGAUUAUACAUGGAAAAUACCAAGUCCUCGGUAUCAGUACGAAUGGAUGUCAUCAGAGUUUUUCACGCUGCCAAAUUACGAUAAAAUUUUUUUUUCAAUUUACUUUAAAAAACUGGAUAACAACAACCAUAAGAUUCUAUUGAAAAAAAAUGGAAUUUUUGAUCCUACUGAAGCUAAUGUAAUCAUAAAAUUAUCUUCUGAAACAAAAACUCAGACAAUCAAGAAUUGGAAGAAUCAAGAUGUUGUCAAAUUCAAUUUUAAUUUCUCUUAUGCGGUUGUAAGUAUUACUUGUGAAAUACUAAUGGAUAGAAUAGAUUUUGAUGAAAUUGAUGAAGAGACAUUAUCCUCAACUUCAGUCCAUAGUGUGGAUGACUACUUACUUUCAUCAUUAUGGAGCGACGUAAUUAUUAAAAUUAAAGAUAAUACAGAUCAAUUACCAGCUCAUAAACUCAUACUUGCUUCACAUAGCUCUGUUUUCGAAACAAUGCUCAAAACAGAUAUGAGAGAAGCUAAAGAGAAUUGUAUUUGUUUUGAUGAAUUUGAUAUUGAUACCAUCAAGGAAGUCCUCAAAUUCAUGUAUACUGGCAAGAUUGAAGCUGAAAAUGAUUCUGACGUCCUUGUAAAAGUAUUAGCUUGUGCGCAAAUGUAUCAAAUUGAAAAAUUGAAAACUUAUUGUGAAUACAAUCUGAUCAAAAGUUUAAGUGUCAUAAAUGUUAUUAAAAUUCUAAUCGAAACUGAUAAUUUUGAUGUACCCAAGUUGAAUGAAAAAGCAUUAUUGUACAUGACUCUUAACAAAAAUCGUAUAUCAUUUGCUGAUGCGGUAAAAGAAUUGAAUAAUUCAAAAGUUUUGUUUAAUUUUUUUGCUCAGCAAACGGAAAUGAAAACAGAUUAAUAUUUUGCUACUGAAGUAUAGUGAAAUCCAGAAAAAAUAAAAGUAUAAGAAUUUUCUAUUCAAAAUUAAUCGCGUAGAAAUAAAAAGAGAAUAACUAUAAAUUACUUCUAUAAAUUUCGUAUACUUUUAUAUAUCUAAAAAAUUAUGAUAAUGAAAAUGAUUCUAAAAAAAAAAACCAAUAUAAAAAAAUAUUUUUUAUAAACUAAAGAAAACUCACAACAGAUUGAUGUUUGUUAA